GUUCUUUCUCCCCCACUCGAGCUAGCUAGCCUUCUUCUUCCUCUGCUACAAGUGCCAGUCUUCCGAGCCCGAGUACUACCAUUUCAGCACCUCAGAAAGAGGUGGCUAGCAGGGCGUGGAGGAUGGAGCGAGCGAACACGGAGCUGUACCUGGAGAACCUGUGCAUCAUGCAGGAGAACGAGCGGCUCCGGAGGAAAGCACAGAUGCUGGCCCAGGAGAACGAGCAGCUCCUCGCCGAUCUCAAGCGCAAGCAGCAGCACAUGGCGGCCUCCUCCAAGACGGCGCCCCAGAUGGCGAAGGGCGGCGAGCCGUCCGGCCUCAAGUCCGGCAAGCAGCAGCCCCAGUGAUCGCGCCGGAGUCGCGCGGGUGCGUGAAUGCAGCCGUGGAAACGGAGUAGUUAAUUAAGUAGCACUAUGUACUCAGCAGAUUGUAGAUUAGAGCUGGCAUGCAUGCACAAGCUGGUAGUCCUAGUGGACGAUUUAGUUCUACUUUUGGUUGUUUAGCUAGAGGAAGUAGUAGUGGUGGCAGCAGCUAGCGCUUUGGGGGGUUGUAUUUGAAUGGCUUUUGCCUCUGUGGCGCCAUUUCUUUUCUCAGUCUGAUCUGAUGGCCCUGAUGAUGAUGGGCACGUAGCGUACCAGACUUAGACUACCAGUAACAUGAAAGAUAGGUCUGGUUAUUCCACU